AUGUCGCAACUAUUUGAAUGGGCUUUCGGCAAGAAGCUUACUCCGCAAGAACGACUUCGGAAGAACCAGAGGGCAUUGGAAAAGACUCAACGUGAACUUACACGAGAAGUGACGAAAUUACAGCAACAAGAAAAGAAAUUGAUAAGUGAUAUCAAGAAAUCAGCCAAACAGGGACAAAUAUCGAGUGCAAAGCUCCAAGCCAAGGAUCUAAUCAGAACCAAAUCAUAUAUCAACAAAUUUAACUCAAUGAAGGCACAGUUGCAAGCUAUUUCCUUACGAGUACAAAGUGUGAGAUCGAACCAACAAAUGGCAAUGUCAAUGAGGGAUGCGACUAGAGUAUUAUCAGGAAUGAAUAGAUCAAUGAACUUACCGCAGUUAUCGAGGAUAGCUCAAGAAUUUGCUAAAGAGAAUGAUAUGAUGGAUCAAAAGCAAGAUUUUAUGGAUGAUGCCAUUGAUGAUGCUAUGGCUAUGGAUGAAGAUGAGUUGGGAGAAGAAGAACAAAUUGAUGAGAUAUUGGGUAAAGUGCUUGAUGAGAUUGGUGUUGAUUUGAAUUCUAAUUUGAAGGAUACUCCGACUGGAAUCAAUGCAGGUCAAGAAACAGUCGAUAAUGGGAGAGUUGCAGAAAGUGUAGGUGCUCACAGUGGCAGUGGUGGUGCUGGAGGUGGAUUUACUUCCAAUACCGAUGAAGACGACUUACAAGCGAGAUUAGAUAGUUUAAAGAAGUGA